ACUUAUCUUAGGAUUCGAAUUAAGAUUUAGUCUUAAACUUAGGAUAAUAGUCUACAUUUUAAGUUAACUGAAUAACUGUUAUUGUUACACUUUGGAUUAGCUAAAAUUAAAACUUACCGUUGGGAUUAGAAACGAGAUUAAGUGACAGCCAUUGAUCUAGUUAUAAAUCUAGUAUAACCGGUUUGCACUCAGGGACGAUAAUAUUUUUAUCUCAGUCCAAGUCAACCUUCUCCACUCCCCGCCCUCCCUUCUCUCCCCAUAACACACGAGAAACUGAUAUAUCUAGACACCGAAGUCAGAUUUAAAAAAAAAUCUAAGAUUGUUAUAAUAGUUUUUUCUCUAUUUUAUGGGAUUCCAUAUUUUUUUCUAUGAUUUUCUGCUUGUUUAAGAAUUGAAUGAUAUAUUAUAAGAGGACGUGUAGUCUCAGUGAACGAACAACACACAUACAAACGUCACCAGCAGCUGUUUCAAGUGACCUUUGACCUCAACAUUGUGUUUACCGUCCAACAAUUAAAAGCUCCGUUUCCGGUUGGUGUCAGUCAUCAGGAAAUAUGAGGGAUGCCGUGUCCUGGUCCUUUCGUGUCCUGGUCCUAGUUCUGUUGUGUAAGGCCCAGGUGUACAUUGUGGAACAAGGGGACAAUCUUACCUUCUCUUGUGACAGUAGGCAAACUAUAGCCUGGUUCAACAGUCCCUCUAUGGAGUCCAGGAUUGGCACAUGUCGUGUUGUGAACAACGUUUGCUACACUUCUUACCCAGAGUACGCGUUGGAAGCAAGCACAUUCAGGACAACUGACGGGUUCAGCUUGAUUCGAUCCUUGCUGACGGUCAAGUACGUCACCAGAGAGAUGGAAUACUUUGUUUGUGCCUCCCCAAAGUUCCAUAUCAACAAUAUCAUCAGCACAUUUAGGCUCCAGGUUGUUGCCCGACCCACUAGCAUUACCUGCAACAAGGCGACCUAUGACUCCACUGGCCAGGUGAUUAUCGUGAUCUGCCAGUUUGAAGUGUAUCCUAAAGGCACAUGCAGCGUUGCUGAAUUGUUGUCACCUUUGCAGCUUGAAGUCGACUACUUUCAUCGCUUCUCCAACUUAACAAAGAAUUAUAGAACCACCUGCGGCAUACGGGUGCUCGCUGGUGCCAUCUCCAGCAGUACGUGGCGACAACUGCACGUUGUUAUGGCACCAGAGCUGAACGCCAGUGUUUCACAGUACCAGGAGACCAGAGAAGUGGAGAGAAGCCCAGCUCAAGAACUGAAGAAGUCCCCGUGGAUCAUACUCUUCACAGCGAAUGAAAAAACCGGCGACGUGUUUGUCGAGAAAGGCAGUGCCGUGACUUUCCGGUGUGAGUCCCUGAGCGUGCCGGCACUAAGAACGACGCUCUACAAGACCAGGCUGUUCGAUGUAACCUCGGUGGUCGAGGUGGCUAGAGAGUCGAACAGUUUGGGUCAUGACAUAACGGAUGUGGAUUGUGACGACGCCGCCACCUACACCUGUCAGGACAGCUACGGACUGGAUUAUAUCCAUGUCAUCCACUUACAGGUGUCAGAUUGUGGAUCCGGAAGCUCCCCUGGCGUCAAAGACCGGUUCCCAUUGGCGCUGUCCAUAGCGCUGCCUCUGAUUGCCGUCAUCCUCACCGUCACCAUUCUACUCAUCUGUCUUCUCAAGCGGCACAAAAGCAGACGUAAAGCCCGCAGUCGACAGCUACAUCUUGCGGCCCACGCCAACACCGCGGUGGUGUACACGCUACAGCAGGCUUUAGACAGGGGGACCAGGGGAGGUAGCUCCCUCACCACCUCGCUAGACCCGCCUUCCUAUUCAAGUCUUUUCACCACGAUGGAUCCUCCACCGGCGUAUACCGAAACACCCCACGACGCAGAGUACACCAACGCUGCUUUUGUUAACGACGCCUACGACAGCAUCACAACUGAGAGUGUAACAGCAACAGCACCACCUGAUCUAGUGUUGACAGUACCAGACAGCAAGGAUCAGACAGUAGCAGACAGCAAGGACAGUGUGAAUGUCAGUGAUAUAUAAUGUCAUAUAUAAUAUCAGUUUGUUAAUUCAUGUUUUAAAUCAUUUUGAUAUACAUGUAAAUAGUAUUGAGCCAGAAAAUCAAAUUUUUAAAAUUCAUUAAUCUUCAAGUAUAAUUGUACUAUCUGUAAAUAUACUUUUGAACGGUUGUCUUUCACUGAAGGCUGCAGGUUAACACGAGGAAGGUAUGGGGGUAAGGGUUGGGGCAUUUUAUUACUUUUCUGGACAGACCCCCACUUGUCUAUCUCUCUAUAUUAACAUACUCUGUUUUCACAUUGGCUAAGUAUUUUAAAAAGUUAUUACUUAUAAUAUUUAUAUUUGUUUAAAUGAGAAUAUAUGAUGCAACAUUUAACUAAAUCAAAGUGUUCAUGUUAGGAUUUUUGUCUCAAUUUUACAAUACUUAAUAUUCAUCUACUACAAGCUAAUAUAAAAUCGGUAAAUACCUCACUACAUCACAAAUUGUAUUUUUAUAGUAUUAAAAACAUAAGGUUAAAAAAUGUAUAAAUAAAUAAACGGACUGAUUAGAAAAGAUGAUUACAAAAAUAACAUCUACUUUAGCUACAUUUGUUUAAUCGAUUGCUGCCCUUGACUUGUUUCAGAAAUAUUAACUGUUGUUACCUCACCUUGUUUUAUACAUAAGUUCCAGUACUAUGUCAACAUAUUCAUCUGUUUAAAAUUAUGUUCAUAAUAACUUUUUAAUUAAUGUUGGCCAUAUACUCCGCAAGCUACUGUUUAAAGUAAAAUUGUAACUGUUUAAAAUAUUUGAUACUGCUAGAGAAAAGGCUUACAUUUCUAAAUAAUAACAAACUAUUUGGGAUGUAGAUCCUAGAUUCAUGUUUAUAUUUUGUCACUACUUUUAUUAAGCCCAUGUUGUGUCUUAGCUACCCAAACUAUAAGAAUCUGGAUUAGAAUAUGUGUAUAACAUUUUCAUUGAAUUUUUUAUGGUAGUAUUUAGAUGUUGUGCCUACACUUACAAGAGGAUCAUGCAUUGUAACUACAUACUUUAAUUUAUUGUAUACAAACGAGGAUACAUUAA